CAGUUGAUCAGCACAUGGGGGGAGGAAAGCAGCACAGAGGACCUUUCCAGGGGGUCCGUGUGAAGAACUCAGUGAARGAGCUGCUGCUGCACUUCAGAAGCAGCAAACAGAUGUCCUCGGGCUCUGCUACUGAUGAAUGCAAGACACAAGGAGGAUUGGUGAAUUACGAACAGUACACAGAGCUCAAGAAUAUACUUGGCCACAGUGGCAAAAGAAAGGCUUCUGAGCACCUUUCUGAUGGAUCUUCUUACAAACGCCAAGCUACUGUUCAUCCACACCUCCUGACACCACCUCAGACACCCACUUCUAUGGACAGCAUGGAGGAGACUCAUAAAAACGAGCCGAAGCUUGACAGCAAUUCUGAUCUGCUUCAGAACAUCAUAAACAUCAAGAAUGAGUCCAGCCCUGUUUCUCUGAACACUGUGCAGGUUAGCUGGCUGCACCCUGUCUCUAGCCACAACUCCUCACCCAGGGAGCAAUACCAGGACAGCCCGGGCCCACAGACCUUCUCCCCAUCCCAGAAGUACCAGCCAUUCCAAGAGCAGCCCUCCCAGCACCUGCUUGAUCCUCCGCAGCAUUACGAGUUUCCUGCAUCACAGAGCCAGGAUUUGUCACAGAGUUUCCCUUCGGAUGCCUCCCUGGAGUACAGGCCCUUCUCUGCCAGUGAGCAGUCCCCAGGCUACCAGCAGAACACCUUUGAGAGCCCCGAGCUGCAGUUCUGUGCCUCACAAAGCUUCUCCUCUCUCCUGAAUGAUUCAGAAGGCUCAGAGAACAUCUCCCCGGCCCUGCAGCCCCUGAGCAGUGCUCACCUGCAGGCUGAUGCCAACACACACCCUCCCAACUUCAGCUUGGUUCCCAGCAACAUCUGUGGGGGUCUCGAACGCAGCAUCUCUCUGACUGCUCUGAAUGUCUCCCUAACGCACCAGAACUCUGCCAGAAGCACAGCGCAGCUGGGCAAGUCCUUCUUUCAGUGGCAAGUGGAGCAGGAGGAGAACAAGCUGGCCAGUAUCUCCCAAGAUCAGUUCCUCGCAAAAGAUGCGGAUGGAGACACCUUCCUUCACAUCGCUGUUGCCCAGGGCCGGCGGGCGCUCUCCUACGUCCUCGCCAGGAAGAUGGCUGCCCUGCACAUGCUGGAUGUUAAAGAGCACAACGGCCAGAGUGCCUUCCAGGUGGCUGUGGCUGCCAAUCAGCAUCUCAUUGUGCAGGACUUGGUUAGCUUGGGGGCUCAAGUCAACACCACAGACUGUUGGGGUAGGACGCCCUUGCAUGUCUGUGCCGAGAAGGGGCAUGCCCAGGUCCUUCAGGCCAUCCAAAAGGGAGCCAUGGGAAGCAAUCAGUAUGUGGACCUUGAGGCAACAAACUACGAUGGUCUGACAGCAUUGCAUUGUGCUGUGCUGGCACAUAACGCUGUGCUGCAUGAACUGCAAAACUGUCAACCACCUCACUCGCCAGAGGUUCAGGAGCUCCUGCUGAGAAACAAAAGCUUGGUAGAAACCAUCAAGACUCUAAUACAGAUGGGAGCCUCGGUUGAAGCAAAAGAUCGUAAAAGUGGUCGCACAGCUCUCCAUCUGGCGGCAGAAGAAGCAAACCUGGAGCUCAUCCGCCUCUUCCUGGAGCUGCCCAAUUGUCUCUCCUUUGUCAAUGCAAAGGCUUACAACGGCAACACAGCACUGCACGUGGCUGCCAGCCUGCAGUAUCGCGUCAGUCAGCUGGAUGCUGUUCGCCUGCUGAUGCGCAAGGGAGCUGAUCCAAGUGCCAGAAACUUGGAGAAUGAGCAGCCAGUUCAUCUGGUUCCYGAUGGCCUUGUAGGAGAACAGAUGAGACGUAUCCUAAAAGGGAAGGCGAUUCAGCAGAGAGUGUCGCCGUUUUAAGCUCCAUGUUUCUUGGAGUUCAGCCUCUUACACUCACUGUCAGUUAGGCAGUCCUAAUGUAUCUGUAAAUAGACCAUUUGCCUGGUGUGGGCAAAUGUUAGUUGUUUCUAUGAAACAAAAGUAUUGUGUUCACUAUCAUAUAGUGGGUUAUAUAAAGAAAAAAAUCUAUAUGCUCUGAGCAGAUGGGAAUGUUUCAUUCCCAAGUAUGUGGAACCUUUGCCUGGAUACCUGGAUUUCAUUGCUGUGGCAGAACUGAUUUAAUUAAACAGCAAAAUGAAUGACUUCUGGACAAAGACAAUGCUACAGGAAGGCUUUUCAGAGAGCGCUAUUAGAUGAUAACGUUGUAGAGCUCUUUAUUUGCACUUAAAUAUUAAGUGCAGGUGAAAUCAAAUAUUUUUGAAGCUGAAGAUUUAUUUAUAUACCUUGUAGCUUUUUUCCAGUAUCUUGUGCAGGAUUGUACAGUCACUGGCAUUAUUGUACAGAAUUGUAUAGAAUUUAUGGAGAGUUCGGAGAAUGAACUGAAAAAGAAACGAAUGUCUUGAUCUUGAACUUUUCAGUUGUAUGUGGAAUUUUGUACUGGUGCAAAUGGUAUGAAUUCUGAUUWUUGAAAGACUGAAGACCAAAGAUAUAAUCAAGGUUGUUUUUUUGACACUGUUUGUUGUCUGACUUGUUCAUACAUCCAAAAGCCUUGCUUUGGGGGACAAUAUMAUUUCUGCUGUACCCAGUACAGGCUUUUCUUUUGAUGGGGCAAAAGACUGAGGGAGUGACUUACACUGUAUGAAACUGUCGUGCUUUGAAGAAUAUGCUGCCAAUUCAGUGAAAGUAUUUAGCAUGUACUUAACCCUAGAUGCAUGCUGAAAUCUCUUGUUCACUGUAACACUUAAAUAUGUGUAAGCCCCGCUAGUGUCAGUAGGACUUAACUACAUGCAUAUGUAGUUUGCUGAAUUGGGCUCUAGUUAAUUCUAGAGACUCAGUGUUUCUUCACCUCCUAAGCAGAGUUAGUCCAUUUAUGGUUUUACCUUAUAGGUAGAGCAGAUAGCAGAGUAAUAUUUGAAAUUAACAUUUUUCAAUUUUUUAAUAACUAUGGCUGUUAAUGCAAAAUGUUUACUAGUGAUGUUGUAUACUUGCCUUCUGUCAGGAAAGUUCCUGAUGCUUUCAGACAAACUCAUGGUGAGCUGUAAUCCAGUGAUGUUCUCUUUAUGGUAUCUCUUGCUCUUCAACUCCCUUUGCAUCCCAAGC